UCUUUGCAAUAAAAAACGUUUCUGAAACUUCCUGUAAGAACAAUUUCUGAACCCCAAAAGAAGAUGAGAAUAUAUGGAAUUACGAUCGUCGUAAUUGGUUUUCUUCUCUUAUCCGUGGCUGAAUCUCUGCGUUUUGAUCUGCUGUCCGGUAACACGAAAUGUAUUGCAGAAGAUAUCAAGGCUAAUGCGAUGACGGUUGGUAAAUACAGCAUCAUUAAUCCAUCGUCCGAUGGACAUCCUUUGCCGGAGACUCAUAAAGUUACCGUUCGAGUAACAUCGAGUUUAGGUAACAAUUAUCAUUAUGGUGAUCAUGUGGAGACGGGACAAUUUGCUUUUACGGCACCGGAGGCCGGUGAUUAUAUGGCUUGUUUUUGGGCACAAGAUCAUAAGCCCUCGGUUACGUUAACUGUUGAUUUUGAUUGGAGAAGUGGUGUUGCUGCUAAAGAUUGGCCUAAUGUUGCCAAGAAAGGCCAGAUUGAUUUCAUGGAAAUGGAGCUGAGGAAGCUGGAAGACGUGGUCAGAUCCGUUCAUGAUGAAAUGAUUUAUCUCCGUGAACGGGAGGAAGAAAUGCAGGGCAUCAAUCGAGCAACCAAUUCCAAAAUGGCGUGGUUAGGUUUCUUGUCACUGUUUGUCUGCUUAUCAGUAGCAGGCUUGCAGCUAUGGCAUUUGAAGAACUUCUUUGAGAGGAAGAAGCUCCUGUAGUUUUGUCCCCAUUUUGAUAUUUUCUACUAAUGUAAUUUUUCUGAGAAUAAUUUAGUGCCCGGAGAAGGGUUUUUGACAAAAGAUAAUAUCUGACUGUAGAAUGCAAUAUUUUUUGAUAGUUCAAAUGGAAUUUCUGUUUAUGCCGUUGUUUAACA